UAGAGAGCGUCCUCGGCUGAACUCCACAUGCACAGCUACAAAUAGGAGCUGCGGCGUUAAAACAGAACACAACCGAGCCAGGACAGGUAGCAGCACGACAGAUGACAAUCUGUCCCAGUUUACACGUGGAACAGAAAACACAUUUUACAGCUUAAAUCCUCGGAUCCGCUGGAGGAAAAAAAACUCUCUUCACCUACACGCUUUUCGCUUUGACCUCUGAUUAUUCCCUGGACAGGACUCAUGAAAUCGUUUUAAAGCACUUCUAAAAGACCGAGCGUGCAGUAAACCCCGUCCCUGGGACACACUGUGUUAAGGUGGCAAUGUUAUACAAUCAAAGCUGAAGCUGACCCAAAUUCAAAAGAAAACGUGUGACUUGACACUUUUUUUCAUAUUAUUCCAAAUAUGUUUGAAGAGGCAUCUCAAGAAAUGAGAGAACAGAGUGCGGGGGUGAUGCCAGCUAUGGAGGCUGUGAGCACAGGAAUGCUAGGAUUAGAUGUGGCAACCCACAGUAGCACAAUGUCUUUCACAGAGGAGGCUGUCUCCAUUCUAACAUCAAGCAGUAUGCUGGCUCGCUCGUUGUUAGGCCGUUCAUCAGCAUUGAAACGCAAAGAGGUGGCCCCGAGUGGAAGCACACUGAGACGCAAGCGUGAGUUCAUCCCCCAGGAGAAGAAGGAUGAAGGGUACUGGGACAAGCGCAAAAAGAACAAUGAAGCAGCCAAGCGCUCACGAGAGAGGCGUCGUGUCAAUGAUAUGGUGUUAGAGAACCGUGUCCUUGGGCUGCUCGAGGAAAAUGCCAGGCUCAGAGCAGAACUACUAGCACUCAAAUACCGAUUUGGUUUGGUGAAAGAACCAUCAAAUGCGAUUCUUCCGCUAACCCCCACAGCUCAGUGCGUUUCUCAACCGGCCAAUUAUUACCUACUCCGUGAAGAUGGACUUCACACAAGUACCGCUGUGGUGACCCAUCCGAAUUCCACUCAGGCAGUAUUCCAUGUGGGACAAGGUAUCAGGGAGAAUGGCAGCAUAUCAGAGGACUCAGGCUUCUCAACUCCCGGAGGCUCCAGCGUUGGAAGUCCUGUGUUUUUUGAGGACAGGCUGAGCGAUCAGGGCAAACUGUCUCCAAGCAGAUCUGAUGAGCUGGGCUCUGAAUAUCACCACUCUCCUGCCCCUGACCCUCUUGUGGCACAGGUCUCUACAGGGCACAGCUUUACAGCUUCUGGAAAUGCGGACUCAGUGGAAGGUAUGAAGAGUCUCCCACACAAAUUGCGUUUCAAGUGUCCAGGCAGCGGUGAUAGCGAGAAUUUCAGUGAAAGACGCAGCCCUGUGCAGCAUACAAGCGGACGUGAAAACCCCAGAAAUAAUUUACCACUUGGCAUGGGUGAGGGGGCUCGGCUCUGGUCACAACAUGAAGGAGAUGAAUCUCGAAAAAUGCUCCCUCACCAUCAUGGCCCGAUGGCCGUUUGCAACAAUGUUCAGCCAAAUGGAAACCAAAACGAGGCACAUUACUAUGCUGAGAACAGCAUGCUCAAAUCUCAGCUUAGCUCCCUUGGCGAGGAAGUGGCCCAGCUCAAGAAGCUCUUCUCUGAGCAGCUCUCCAGAAUGAACUAAAGAUCUCCGCUAUUUAAAAAAGACUGAAUGCAAAGAGCAUCGUCUUUCUGAGCCAGACCCAGCCAUAAACAAUAAAUCGUAAAGUUUUUGUUCAGAACAGAGUUGAAACUGAAUUGCAGGGCACUGUCAUGAUAGGAAUAGAGAAUAAAAUGAAGUAGGGGUGUAUAAGAUGAAGAAACAGUAUGGAUGGAGAUAGUGUUAAUUCCUCUACCAGCGGACUUUUACCUAUGGCACCUCCGUCAACAAACCAAAGUGUAUCAUUCAUAUGUAACGCAACAUUCCCCUAUUCAGUGUCAACUCUGCUGUUACAUGUCAUUUAUGGACUCAAAGAUGCAUACGAAAUAUGGUACUGGUGUGUUUACAGGAAAAUUACUCCAUUCACAUCUGAUGUAAAACAUAAAUGUUUUUUAUUAAUUUUUUUGUUCAAUCUCCAAGCUUUGGAGAAUGGAGAUAAAAAUUAGGAAAGACCAAAAAUUAGUCUGGAGUAUUUUGUUGCCAUUAUUUAAGGUAAAAUAGUAAUAAACCAAUAAUAAUAAUACAAAUAAUAAUAAUAAUGCAUAUGUAUAUAUCACGUCUUAAAUGUCACUUCGUAGUGCAUCAGUAAAAAUACAAUAAAUAAACAAAACGUAUCAAGAUUCGUCAUGAUGAAUUGUUGGAAUACACAAUAUCAUAGAAAUGCCUUUUUCUGCCUUUUUCCUGUUUAUACCGCUUAUAACUGCCAUCACAGAUCAGAUCAGGGUUGUGUAUAACGUGUAACUAAAACACUGUACUGUGUAUUAUGGUGGUAAAAAAAAAAAAAAAAAAAACCUGUGUUGCCUUGUGUAUUUAUGUUUGUGUGUGUGUGUUCACUGUUUUUAUAUGUGAAUAAAUAUUUGACAGCAUAAGUAUAAAGUGUUCCUUCUUUGUAAACAAACAUACAUAAGAGUAUUUAAUAUGUAUUUUUUUCAUGUAUAAAUCAGAUCUACAUAACACCUUGAAUACUGUGUAAGAAUAUGCAUAUCUUUCUGAUUACAUCAUAUAAGUAAUGGUGGAUAUACAGAAAGAAAUCGAGAUGGACUGUAUGUCACUGGAUUAUAUAUUCAAAUUACCAAAUGUAAACACGGAUCUAAAACCACAGUGAAAAUGUUCUUGUAAUAUUAGAUUGCUAGUACAAUUUGAAUGGAAAAAUAAAAUGCUUUCUCUCA